UUUUUUUGGGCUGUUUAGGUUUAGCCCUUUAAAGAGUUCCGAAAUUUGGUGUACAUUCCAUUAUCAGUUGCGAGUUGAAGAUGAUAACAUCAAUUGGGGGAGAGAUGUUGCUGAAGCCACCGACUUAUUUGGUUAAAGGAGUGUUACGAACUCCAGUAGGAAUUAGUGUGACAGUUAAAAGAAGAAAAGCUUAUAAUCCCUCAUUCUUUUCAAACUCUACGUUUUUCCAUAAUCAUUUCAACCCCAGGUUGUGUUCCAGUGAUGGCAUGGGUGAAGUUUAUGUUAACCCUCACCAGGAUUUUGAUAUGAUAAAUGAUGCCUCAUCUAAUGUCGCAUUGUUUGUUCGGAUGCUUGGCUUGGAUCAUGACCUUCUAGAUAGAGAACAAGCAGUAAUUGCUCUUUGGAAAUAUUCACUUGGUGGAAAGCAGUGUGUUGAUACCAUACUGCAGUUUCGGGGUUCUGUUAAUCUCACUGUGAACCUUUUAAGGUCUGAAUCUAAUGCUGCUUGUGAAGCAGCGGCUGGUUUAUUAAAGAUGAUAUCCUCAGUGGAUAUAUAUAGAGACCUUGUGGCAGAUAGUGGUGCUGUAGAAGAGAUAUAUGCCGUCCUCAGACGUUCUUCCCUCUCAUCAGAUGUGAUGGAGCAAGGGUUAUGUACGUUGUGGAAUUUAUCUGUGGAUGAGAAACACAGAAACAAAAUUGCCAACUCUGAUUUCCUGCCUUUACUAAUAAAGUUCCUCGAGUACGAAGAAGUGCAAGUGAAGGAGGCAGCUGGAGGGAUUCUGGCAAAUUUGGCGUUGACUGCUUCUAAUCACAAUAAUAUGAUUGAAGCAGGUGUCAUUCCAAAACUGGCAAUGCUCUUGAAAAAUGAGGCUGAGGGAUCUAAGGUCAUUAGAAAUGAAGCGACAAACGCGUUGCUGGAACUUGCGAAAGAUGAGUACAGCAAGAUUCUUAUCAUGGAGGAAGGUCUUCUUCUGGUCCCUUUAGUUGGUGCAGCUUCCUACAAGUCCUUCAAACCACCUCUGUAUUCAUGGCCUUCUUUUCCUGAUGGCACCAAAAUUGAAAAAACCCCAAAACCUUCAAGAUUUGGUGCCUCUGAAUUACUUCUUGGAUUAAAUAUUGAGGAUAAUAAUGUAAACAUUGAGGAAGGAAAGAAGAAUGCAAUGAUAGGACGCACUCGACAACAAUUUCUUGCACGUAUCGGGGCAAUUGAAACUGAAGAAGAGAACAAAUCCAGGGGUGGACUUCCUUCGAAUCCAAGGUUUACUCUUUUGCCGUGGAUUGAUGGUGUGGCUCGGUUGGUAUUAAUUCUUGGACUUGAAGAUGAGUCAGCUAUUGCUAGAGCUGCAGAUGCCAUUGCAGAUGCUUCUAUUAAUGAACAUAUGCGAGUUUCAUUUAAAGAAGCAGGUGCUAUAAACCCUCUUGUAAAGCUAAUUAACCAUCCUAGUGACACUGUUAAAUUAGCUGUUCUUCGGGCUAUAAAGAGGCUGUCUAUCAGUGAUGACGUAUGCCAAAGGUUGGAAGAACAAAAUGCUUUGUAUUCUUUGGUUGACUUGCUCAGUAACUCAGAGAUCUCUAAGAGUUUGACAAGAAUGGUAUUGGACAUUCUUACUCGGAUCCUAGAUCCUAGCAAAGAAAUGAAAUCAAAGUUUUAUAAUGGACCAGUUAAUGGGUCAAUAAAGGCAAGGAGUGCAGCAAGAAAUGCCGGGUUGACUGGAAAUGAAAAUGUGAAAGUUGCAUCAACUACCAGUUUGGAAACUGUCAAUGUGGUGGAUCUUUUAGAUUCAACUGUUUUAUCUCGCCUAGUUGAUAUCAUGAGGACAUCGUCUCCGGAUUUGCAGAGGAAAGCUGCUUCUAUCCUUGAGUUCGCUUCAGUUAUUGAGCCGUGCAUGGAAAAGAUCCUGUCCAUUGACCUAGAAACUGGUCUAGAUGCUGUUCUCCAGCAGAAAACUUUAAAUGAUACAGAAUCUGAAAUAGAUAUGCAGAACCCGGAACUAUAUGCCCUUGAGGUAGAAGACGCAGGUUAUGCAAUAUCUGCAGCAUCUCGAUUACUUACAAGACUGCUGGACUUUGAGCAAUUCUGUCAUAUAGUAAAUGCAUCUCAUUUCACAAAAUUACUGCGGAAGGUUCUGAAAUCUGACAUCCCUCUAUACCACAAAGACUGGGUUGCUGCCUGCCUUGUAAAGCUGAGCUAUCUCUCUGGUCCAAAUUUUGACUAUAAUAAUCCAAUCAACUUAGAAGUAACUCUUUACGAGACAAUCCCAAGGCUGAUAGAACAGAUGAAGACCUCAUAUUCACGGGAAGUAGAAGAGGCUUCUGUUGUAGAACUGAACAGAAUAACCUCUGAAGAGGUGGUGAAUUCCAUAAGAGCCGUGGCUGCAGAGGGAGGGAUAUUUCCGUUAGUGAAGGUGCUUGAAAAUGGGAGCGAGCGAGCUGUUGAAGCAGCUCUAGCAAUACUAUAUAAUUUGAGUAUGGAGAGUGAGAAUCAUGCUGCAAUUAUAGCUGCAGGAGCUGUGCCAAUUUUGAGAAGACUUGUAUUAGCUCAAGGGUCACAUUGGAUGCGAGCUCUGAGAUUGCUUAGGACAUUACCUACAUAACCAACUGAGGUAUAUUAUGCUUUUACCAGUUGUAAAAUAAAACGAUAUAUGAAAUCCCGUAUUAUUAGUCUUCAACCUACUUUUUCUUUUAAGCCAAAAACAAGUAUAAUUAAUAUACAGAGAUAAAUGUACAUUGAUCCUGGGGACUUUAUAAUUUCGUUCCAACUGCACAACUAGUUUUGACAUUGGAUGAA